UCAUUUUCUAGUGUUUUUAUGGUCAACUGAAUCACAUCAACCUGAACAGUGUUGACUAAUGGCGGAGGAGGGUUCUAGUUCUUUGGAGUACACCGCAACUUGGGUGGUUGCCGUAGUCUGUUUUGUCAUUGUUCUGUUAUCUCUUCUUGCUGAAAGGGGCUUGCAUUAUCUUGGGAAGUGCUUGAAGCGAAGCAAACAAGAUGCGUUAUUUGAAGCCUUGCAAAAAUUAAAAGAAGAAUUGAUGCUUUUAGGGUUCAUUUCCCUUCUAUUGACUGUCUUUCAAGGCGCAAUAAGGAACAUAUGUAUGCCAACCGACCUUGCAAAUAAAAUGCUUCCUUGCAAGAAGCACAAUAAGAAUGAACAUAACAAAGAUUAUUCUUAUCUGUCUGCGAAUAGUAGACACCUGUUAGCUGCAAGCAGUAGUCCAGACCAGUGCGUGUUAGAGGGAAAGGCUCCACUAUUAUCAUUGGAAGCAUUGCACCAGCUGCAUAUAUUUAUCUUUGUGUUGGCAGUUGUUCAUGUGAUCUUUUGUGCCACAACUAUGGUUCUUGGAGGGGCAAGGGUACGCCAAUGGAAGAAAUGGGAAGAUUCUAUCAAGCGUGCUUCCUCGAUAAAUUCAGCAAAGGAUACGCCUGCACAUCAUCAUCAUGAGUUCUUCCGACACCGGGCGGGUGGGUAUUGGAAAAAGACUGCUGUCGUCAGCUGGAUGAUCGCAUUCUUCAGACACUUUUAUGGGUCUGUGAAAAAGUCGGAUUACAUAGCACUUCGAAGAGGAUUUAUCAUGGCUCAUUGCCCGGCAAAUCCUAAUUUCGAUUUUCACAAGUACAUGAUGCGGACACUUGAAGUGGAUUUCAAAAAGGUUGUUGGCAUAAGCUGGUACCUGUGGCUGUUUGUUGUUGUGUUUUUGCUGCUGAAUAUGAAGGGAUGGAACACGUAUUUUUGGCUGUCCUUUGUGCCUCUAGUUCUGCUACUACUGGUUGGGACUAAGUUGCAACAUAUAAUCACUCGGUUGGCUCUGGAGGUCAAGGAAAGCAACGAGCAACGAGAAGGUGCACCAAGAGUGAAGCCUUCCGACGAACUCUUUUGGUUUCAUCGCCCUGUUCUUGUUCUCCACUUGAUUCACUUCAUUCUUUUCCAAAAUGCCUUUGAACUUGCAUUCUUGUUCUGGAUAUGGAGCACGUAUGGGAUCCACUCAUGCAUAAUGGAGCAACUGGCUAUGAUGAUCCCUCGACUUCUAAUCGGGGUGAUAGUUCAAGUACUUUGCAGCUAUAGCACCAUGCCUUUGUAUGCUCUGGUUGGCCAGAUGGGAAGCAGGUUUAAGGAAGGGAUAUUCAAUAAAUUCGUGCAAUCGUCACUUGAAGUGUGGAUCGGGAAUAGGGGGAACAGAGGCGAAGCAAGCAGGAGUAUAACACAACUGCAGAGGGUUGAGAAUAGAGUGGAAGAAGCUGCAAUGGUUGACAUUAUCGAAGAAUCUGUAACACAUCUUCCUUCUGUUGCCUCAAACUCUCUUCCAUAACCUGCACUCAACUUCUUUUUCCUCUUACAUAUCACAAUUCAUUCAUUCAUUCAAUCAUUCAUUCAAUCCCAGUUCCUUCUCAAUCACCUCCUUGCUGAAUCACAGAUUUUUUUGAAGUAUCUGAAAAAAAAAAAAGAAGCUUAUAGUGUAUUUGUUAAAUGUCAAGAUCCUAUAUUCUGGUUUGAAGGAGGAAGAUGAAUUUGGAAUGGAGCAAGUUAAGUAUCUGAAGAAGGAAGAUGAAACAGUUUCAUUGUUGAACUUCUCCACACACAUAUAUACAUACACAUACACAUACACAUACACAUACACUAGUGUAAUUAUUCUAAACUAUAUGGUAAAGUUGAAUGCUAGGAAAGUGCUAGUGAAUUCUAACUUUGACAUAUGAUUCUAGUCUUCUUCUGAGUGCGUCAAAUGUCAAAUACACAUACAAAUAUGCACAACCUAUUUAUAUGAAUAGUAGU